GGAAAGGAGAAAGAGAUCAAUUUUAGAUAUGUUGAAUUUCAGAUGCCUACAGAACAUCCUGUUUGAGAUAUCCAAUAUUCAGCCUACUGUGCAGAACUGGAUGGAGCUAAGGAGAGAGACUAGGGCUGAAUGUAUAGAUUUGGGAGUUAUAUUCCUAGUGUUGAUAAGUAAACUCAUGAGAGCUAAGGUGGGAGGAAUAACCUAAACUCCCUGCUCCCAUGCAAGUUAAUCUAGUUUUCCUUCAAAAGACAUUGAUAUCAUCAUCAUGGUUCAUUGGCUAAGAGGGCUAGAGUCUCAGUCGAUUAACAUUACUUCCCAGUCACCUAAGUACAAAAUAGAUUUGAGGAUUUCAGAUGAAUACUAAUUCUUGACUCGUGACAAGACCAUUGUGAACAUCUCAGGUAACUUUUACUCUGCCUUCACAAGAUGACAAAAGAAAAUGCUCACUUCAUAGAUGUCUACUUCAAGAAAAAGAAGUCUUCUUCUCACAUUACGGCUGAAGAGGCAGUAGGAAUUGGCAUCCUGGCUGUGAUCCUGGGGAUUCUGCUGCUCAUUAGCUGCUGGUACUGCCGGAGACGCAGUGGCUACAAAACUCUGAAGGACAAAAACCUUUGUGUUGGCACUCAGAAUGCCCUGAUGGGGAAUUACUACAGUGAUGAGAGUGUUCUCCCUGUCAACAAAAUGCCCUUUCAGGAGAACAGCAGCUGUAACUCUGUGGUACCUGAUGCUCCCCCUGCUUAUGAGAAGCUCCCUGCAGAACAGUUCCCACCACCUUACACACCUUAAUGCCCAGCAAGAAAUUUCAGAGGCUUUGAAAUGAUCUUUAAGCUUUUGCUUCAGUUUCUAUGAAAGUCUAAUGCUAUCUAGUUCACUGCAGGAAUAAAAUUAGCUGUCACAUCAUUAGCAGCAUAGCUACUGGUACUAACGAAAUAGCAAAUUAAACGCAAUAGCUUACAUAUCAAUAAACAGUUGUUUCUAGUUGAUCUCCACUACAAUUGAAUCAGACUCCAGUGCAUUUUUAUUUCCCAGGGGAUAGUACAAAAUAUUUUUAGCCUUUGGUUCCUACUAUUCAGUUGAUUUUGGCUAAAACUGCCUACACUGGGGCCAGUUAGGUGGCUCAGUGAAUUGAGAGUCAGGCCUAGAGAUGAGAGGUCCUGGGUUCAAAUCUGACCUCAGACACUUCCUAGCUGUGUGACCCUGGGCAAGUCAUUUAACCCCAUUGCCUGGCCCUUACCAUUCCUCUGCCUUAGAACCAAUACACAGUAGUGAUUCUAAGAUGGAAGGGAAUGAUUUUUAAAAACAAAUACAUUAAUUAAAAAAUGCUUACACUACAAUGUAGCCAAGUGUAGAGAAGUUUAUAUUCUUUUUUUUUAAACCCUUACCUUCCGUCUUGGAAUCAAUACUGUAUAUUGGUUCCAAGGUAGAAGAGCAGUAAGGGCUAGGCAAUGGGGGUCAAGUGACUUUCCCAGGGUCACACAGCUGGGAAGUGUAUGAGGCCAGAUUUGAACCUAGGACCUCCCAUCUCAAGGCCUGACUCUCAAUCCAAUGAGCUACCCAGCUGCCUCCAUAAGUUUUAUCUUCUGAUCAGCAUGGAGUUUGCAUAUAAUUAUUACAUGUAUAUCUUCAUUACACAAUUACACAAAAGAGCUAUUUAUGAGCGUGAGAAAGCCAACUAAUUCAUUCUAUUUACUUCUCUGCUAAUUGCUGUACUCCUUCCUCCCCAAAAUUAAAUCACAAUAAAUUGACCUGAACAAGAAGAUUAAGCACUGAAGUACUAAUUUGUACCUUCUAGCAUAAUACCAAAAUUAGUUUACAGAUUUAAUAUUAUACCUAUUAAAAUACCAAAGGAAGACUUUACAGAGUUAAAGUGAGAAAAAAAUUUUAAUGAAAAAACCCAAGACAAUUCUGAAAAAUUAUUUUUAAGGGUUAAGAUGAAAAGGGAAAUGAUACUUUUAGACUCUAGACUAUAUCAUAAAAAAGUUAUCACCAAAAGCAUUUAGUAUUGGUUAAAAAUAAAUAUACAUAUAUUUAUGUAUGUAAAUAUAAAAAAUUAAAAAUGAAAUAUAAAGAGGAACAGACUAAAAAGGCAGCAGAAAAAAUUACUGAAUUAUGCAGUAUUUUAUAAACCUGUUUCCUAGGAAAGGGAUCUCUGUUUGGUAAGAACUGAUGGAAAAACGGUAAGGUAGUUUGGUAGAAAUUAGAUCGAGACCAAGAGUUUACACUAUAGUCUAUAACAAAUUGAAAAGGAAUACAUAACUUUAAUAUUAAAGAUUAUACCUUAAAAAUUAGAAAAGUAGAACAUAUGCUUUUCACAGUUCUGUGUAGGGGAUGAAUUCUUAACCAAACAAAAUAUAGUAGCAAUUACAAGAUACAAAAUGUGUAAUUUUGAUUAUAUGAAAUUGUCAAACUACUGCACAAACAAAAUUAGUGCAUCUAGGAUAAGAAAGGAAAUAGCUAAUUGGGGGGGAAAAUUUUGUAUUUCUAAUGUAUUUGCUAUCCAAGAUAUAUAGACACUUAUUAGAUGUUUAUCAGACUAAAAAUCAUUCCCCAAUAGAGAAAUGGUCAGAGAAUAUGAACAAAUAAUUCUUUUUAAAAAAAGAUAUUUUAUUUUCCAAAUUACAUGUAAUAACAAUUUUCAACAUAGCUUUAAAAAAAAUUAUUAGAUCCACAUUGUCUCCCUCUCUCCCUUCAUUCCUCCUACUCCUACCCAGAAAUGGUUAGCAAUUUGAUGUGGGUUAUACUUGUUUUAUCAUGCAAAACUUUCUUCCACAUUGGUCAUCAUUGUAAGAAAAUAGUCAUAUAAAGCAAAACCCCAAAUAAAAACACAAACUAAAGUGAAAAAUAGUAUGCUUUGAGCUUGAUUCUAACUCCAACAGUUCUUUCUCUGGAGAUGGAUAACAUUCUGUGUCAUAAGUUCUUCAGAACUAUGGAUUAUGUGUUGCUGAGAGUAGUUGAAUCUUUCACAGUUGAUUAUUAAACAAUAUUGCUGUUAUUGUGUACAAUGUUUUCCUGGUUCUGCUUAUUUUAUUAAGCAUCAGUUCAUGUAGGUCUUUCCAGUUUUUUCUGAAAGCAUCCUGUUCAUCAUUUCUUAUAGCACAAUAUUAUUCCAUUAACAUCAUACAUCACAGUUCGUUCAGCCAUUCCCAAAUUGAUGGACAGUUCUAAUUCUUUGCAAAGACUAAGACACUAUAAGUAUUUUUGUACAAAUAGGUCCUCCCCCCCUAUUUUUUAUAUCCCUUUCAAAUACAGACCUAGUAGUGGUCUUUCAGGAUGAAAAGAUAUACACAGUUUUGUAGCCCUUUGGGCAUAGUUCCAAAUUGCCCUCUAGAAUAGUUACAUCGAUUUACAAUUCCACCAACAAUGUAUUAGUUUCCCAAUUUUUCCACAUCCUGUCCGACAUUUAUCACUUUACUGUCACACUGGCCAAUCAGAUAGGUGUGAGAUGGUACCUCAGAGUUGUUUUAAUUUGUAUUUCUCUAAUCAAGAGUGAUUUAGUACAUUUUUUCAUAUGAUUAUUGUUAGCUUUGAUUUCCUUUGUCCAUUUGUUGAUUAGGGAAUUUACUCUUAUAAAUCUGACAGUUCUCUAUAUAUUUGAGAAAUGAGACCUUUAUCUGAGAAACCUGCUAUAUUUUUUCCCCCAGUUUGUUUUUUCCUGCCUAAUCUUGGUUACAUUGUCUUUGUUCAAACAAAUAAUUCUUAAGAGAAUUACAAACCAUUAAUGAUCAUAUGAAAGAAUGCUCAAAAUCACUAACAAUAAGAAAUUUGCAGAUCAAAAUAUGUGUGCCAGCAAACUGGCAAUGAUGACAAAAGAUGGGAAUAGUCGAUCUUGGAGGGAUUGUGGAAAGAUGCAUACAAAUGCAACAUUAGUAGAAUUAUAAAUUGAUAUAACCAUUCUGAAAAGCUAUGUGGAAUUAUAAAAAGUAACUAAAAUGUCUAUAACCUUUGACUCAAGAAAUUCUUAUGCUAGUCAUAUACCCCCAAAAAGUCAUUGACAAAAAAAAGCUUCCAAAAACAUCAGAAUAUUUAUUGCAGCACUUUCCCUGGUAUCAAAGAACAGAAACAAAGUGGAUGACAAUUGAUUGGGGAAUGGCUAAAUAAACUGUAAAUAAAAUAUAAUAGAAUAUUACUUUGCUGUGUGAAAUAACUAUGACAAAUAUGAUGAAUGCAAAGAAACAUGGAAGUAUAUAAUCUGAUACAAAGAAAAAUCAGCAGAGAUAGGUAAAGACUAUUGACAAUAACUAUAACAAUGUAAAUGGUGAGAAUGAGAACUACAAAACAAAAUGAAACUUAACAUUUUGAGAAUAUAAAGGACAAAGUUUCCCCCAAGAAAGGCAAUCCCCUAACCUCCACUCCCCCUUUUUGCAGACAUUGGCAGGACACUCAGGGUGUGGAACAUAAUAUCAUUUUUUUCAUCGAGUUUAUUGAUUUUGCUAAAUUGUUCUUUAUUUCUUUUAUAAAAAAAUAUCAUUGAUUAUAAGAGGUGACUUUGUGGGGAGAUAGAGGAGGAAGCAUAUAAGGGAAUAUGUAGUUGAUAUAAAAACAGAAAAUAUCAAUAGAAAUUAAUUAUUCUAAAAAAAGAAAGAGUAUUAAUACUCUGGCUAUUUGAGAAGUCACUUCUUUCUAAAUCUUCAAGGCACCCCAAAUUCUUCAGGCUUUCCAAUUUGGAAAGUCUCAGAGGAAAAAUAGAGCUAUAUUUCAAAGAUUCUAAAUAUAUCAUUCUCUAGGAAUCAAUCAAAUGAAAGAAGCUAUAAUAUGAAUUAAUCAUAAAAAAUCAUAGUCAGGAUUGGAAAGGACUUCAGAGGAAAGUGUUCAGUUCAAUCCCUGAGUAGGUAACAAAUAGUUUCCUCUUGAAAAAUCUCCAAGGAAGGGAAACUUUUGGUUCCAAGGCAACCCAUUAUACCUUUGGACAAUUCCAAUUGUUAGGAAACUUUUCCCUACCAUAGAGUUGAAGCAUGACCCUUUACUACUAUCUAUCCUUCCUAAUUCCAGCCUUUGGGGUGAAGUAGAACACGACUCUUCUCUCAUUUAGACAAUUCUUUAACCUUUGAGUACAGUUAACCUAUCUAUCAUCUUUUCUCUAAGAGAAAUAGCUUCUGUUGUUUCAAUGGAUAGUCUAUGGUAGUUUAUCAUGAGUUAAUAAAUCAAUGAUUGUCUCAUAUACCAGGUCAAACUCUUUUACAUUUUAUUUUAUUAAUAGCCUUAAAAUAGUCAAUCAAUAAAAUGUAUUAAGUACCUACAAUGCCAGGUACAAUGAUAAGCUCUAGGGAUACAAAGAGAGAAAAAUGACAGUCACUGACCUAUAAAAUGAGGUGGAAAGGGAAAUGGCAAACCACUUCAGUAUCUUUACCAAGAAAACUCCAAAUGGGGUCACGAAGAGUUGGACAUGACAAUCACAACAAGAGUUUCUAGAAGAGGGGGGUGAUGUGGCCAGCCCUAUGUUUCAGGAAAAUUUAUUUGAAAUCUGAGUGGAGGACAGUCUCAAAUAGGGAGAGAAGAGAGGCAGACAACUGUGCCAGUCCAGGCAGGAAGUGAUAAUGGUCUGCACCAGGGUGGUGGCAGUGCCAGAGAAGGAAAGAGGGAAAUAGCUGAGAGAUGUUAUGAAGGUAGAAAUGGCAAACUUGAUAAGAUUUGGAGGAUGAGUGUGAGGAACAGAGCAAAGUAGCUACAUUGUGAGCUUGGAUGACAUGGAUUCUCCAUACCAUGAAGUCUUACCAGAUUUCAGUAGUAUUGAAUUUGGAGUUGGAAACACCUGGAUUUUAAUUCCAUUGCUGACUAAGUGUACCUUGGGCAAGUUACAAUUGUUUUAAGCCUCAAUUAGUGCUUUAAAUUAGCCCAUUAAAAUAAGUAAGAACACAUAAAUCAGGCACAUACUCUGUGAUUUAGUCUCACCUAUGUUGAAAAAAAUCUGGUUUCUCUUUCUGAUACUUUAAGCAUGGAAAACAAUAUAAUGCAAAAGAGUGGCUUUGCUUCCCCCCUUCCCCCUUCUACUUAUAUUCAAAUAAAACUCCAAUUCUUUUAAAUCUUUUUUUUGGAGUCUGUAUUCUCAUUUUUCAGAUUGCCUUAGCAUGUUUGCAUUUAUUCCCUGGUUUAAGAACAGUAAUCUGAUUUAGGUCUUUCUCCAUUUUGCUCUCCAAACUGAUGCUGGAGCUGAUUAGCUGCAUUUUCUUCCCUAUGAUCUGAACUAGAUGAAUGUCCUGCAUUAAUGCUUCUUCUCCUUCGAUUUGAAUGUCAGAGUAACUGGCUUAACGAGUGAUAUCCUUGAACUCUUUGCCAUACUGUUCCUUUUCAUGUCAGAGCUCUAGGGGUCUCCUGACCUUUAUGAGCAAUGUAUCAUUCGAAAAGAACUGACAUAAUAUAGUUGCUAUAAACAGUCUCCCAUUAUUGUACUGCUGGUAGGAGGGCUAAUUCCUAGUCUGAAUUCUGCUGCUGUAGACAUUAGACACAGAAUACUGCUUGGGUGGAUUUAUGGGGGAGGAUGGUUUUUGCUGAAAUUCAGGGCAUCUUUGCUGCUACUAGCCCUGUGACUAUGUCUGUAAAAUGAGGACAGUCUUACGUGCAGUAUAUACCUCACAGGGUU